GCUUUUGCGUUGCGACCUUUGCUUCUUCACGGUCGCAGCGAUUAACCCACAACCAUGUCUACCCUCAUCAAAGUACCCUGCUCUUCCGCCAACAUCGGCCCUGGCUUCGAUGUCAUUGGCCUUGCUCUCUCCAUCUACCUCGAGCUCACCGUCACCCCCGACGAGUCUGCCGUCUCCGCGAAUCCUCUCAAAUGCCGCAUCACCUACGAGGGCGAGGGCGCCGAGGAGGUCCCUCUGGACCCCGAGCGCAACCUCAUUACCCGCACCGCCCUCUACGUCCUCAAGUGCCAUGGUCAACGGACCUUCCCCGGCACCCAUGUCCACAUCAAAAACCCCAUUCCUCUCGGCAGAGGUCUGGGAAGCAGCGGAGCCGCAGUGGUCGCUGGUGUCAACCUCGGAAACGAAGUAGGAAAGCUUGGGCUGCCCAAGGCGAGAUUGCUCGACUACUGCCUGAUGAUCGAGCGGCAUCCGGACAACGUCGCGGCUGCCCUGUACGGCGGCUUUGUCGGCACCUACCUUAACGAGCUCGACCCCGCCGACAUGUCUCGCAAGGAAAUCCCCUUGGCCGAGGUGCUCCCUGAACCCGCGGGUGGUGUCGACACUGGUCUCCAGCCUCCCGAGCCACCUCUUAACAUUGGUCACUACAAGAAGUUCAAGUGGGCAAAGGAGAUCAAGUGCAUUGCUAUAAUACCGCAGUUUGAGGUCUCGACGGCCAAGGCUCGCGGUGUCCUUCCAGAGAAGUACUCUCGCGCCGAUAUGGUCUUCAACCUUCAGCGCAUUGCUCUCCUGACUACCGCGCUGGGCGAGUCCCCGCCAGACCCUGGCAUGAUCUACGAGGGCAUGCAGGACAAGGUGCACCAGCCGUACCGCAAGACGCUUAUCCCUGGUCUUACUGAAAUCCUCCAAUCCGUGACGCCCAAGUCGCACCCCGGUCUCCUCGGUAUCUGUCUGUCUGGCGCUGGUCCCACCAUUCUCGCCCUGGCUACGCACAACUUUGAUAACAUUGCAAACCAUAUCAUUGACGACUUCAAGAAGAACAACAUUGAAUGCAUUUGGAAGCUUUUGGAGCCGGCUGAGGAGGGUACCACCGUGACCCACAAUGCCACUUCUGAGCAGCAAGAGGCCAUGACCUAUGCCUCGGCAGGCGUCAGCAUCGACGCGGGCAACGAGCUGGUCCAGCGCAUCAAGGCUUCUGUCAAGUCUACGCGCCGCGCCGGCGCCGACGCCGAAAUCGGCGGCUUUGGUGGUAUGUUUGACUUGGCAGCCGCUGGCUACAAGGAGUCUCCUAUCCUUGUUGGUGCCAUCGACGGCAUUGGCACCAAGGUCAAGAUUGCGUUUGAGAUGAGCAAGCACGACACCGUGGGUAUCGAUUUGGUUGCCAUGAACGUCAACGACCUCGUCGUCCAGGGCGCCGAGCCCUUGAUGUUCCUGGAUUACUAUGCCUGCUCCAAGCUCGACGUCGACUCUGCCGCGGCGUUUGUUCAGGGUGUUGCGGAAGGCUGCAAGCAGGCCAACUGCACGCUUGUCGGGGGCGAAACUGCCGAGAUGCCUGGCAUUUACCAGGCUGGCGAGUACGAUGCUGGUGGUGCGGCAAUUGGCGCGCUCGCCCGCGGCGCCACAGUCCUGCCGGACACGAAGUCCAUGGCUGAGGGCGAUGUUCUGCUUGGUCUGGCAUCCGACGGCCCACACUCUAACGGCUUCUCACUGAUCCGCAAGAUCAUUGAGCGGGCCGGCCUCAAUUUCCACGACAAGUCUCCUUGGUCCGCCAAUGGCGAGACUGUCGGUGCCAGCCUGCUUACCCCGACCCGCAUCUACGUCCGGCCGCUCCUCGCAGCAUACAGGCAUAACCUUCUCAAGGGUAUGGCGCACAUCACCGGCGGCGGUCUUGUCGAGAACAUUCCCCGCAUGCUGCCCGAUCACCUGGCGGCGGACGUUGAUGCCGGCACGUGGCCGGUGCAGGAUGUGUUUAGGUGGCUGAAGAAGGCGGGCGGCGUUGAAGACGCGGAGUUUGCGCGGGCGUGGAACACCGGCCUUGGUAUGGUGCUGGUGGUUGACAAGAGCAAUGUCGAGGAGGCGACGAAGGUCCUCUCCGAGGCCGGUGAGAAGGUUUACCAGAUCGGCUCGCUGGUUAAGAGGUCAGGCGAGGGCUGCGAGGUCAAAAACAUGGGUGUCUGGAACUAGACAGUUACAUGUAAAAAGGCGGAAUUGUGAUCAUGUCCGGCAAAAGAAAUGAAAAGAGGAAGAGGCAUCAUGUGGCGUCACUGGACUGGGAAAGAAAGAUCUGCUAUGUUCAACUACUGAGAUGGUAUUGAAUGAAUACCGAGCUCUUCUAUGUGCUACACUGUUGUGUGUUCUUAGUGGAUGCUGAGGAUU